AUGGAAAACAGUCUUAAGUAUUUUUUGAGAGAAUAUAACAAAACCGUCCUUGCGGUUUCUGGUAUGCGAGAUUAUACUCAGCUUGCCUGCGGAUUUGAUAGCAAUAUCUGUAUGUGGCAAGAUGCAAAGAGGUGGAUGCACGCCCAUGGCGGUCCAAAUUCAACAGUACCGAAGGGAGGAUAUCUGAGGUAUUCGCAAUUUAAUGAAAUAAAUGGGGAUGCAUUUUUGUUAUCGCCAAUCGUUAAUAACACUGAGAAUUCCUAUUGCUUCCUUGUGCAAUACCAAAUUCUCGGUGAGGCAGACUUGCAGCUUUACAUGGAUGAUGAUUUGGUACUCAGUUUGCUGAGGAAUAACUCGGACUCCAGCGGUUUAUGGCAUCUAGAGAGAGUGAACAUAACAAAUCUCAACGACGGGUUUCAAUUAUAUCUAUAUGUUGACGACAGAAGCCCGGAUAAUGUAACAGUAUCAGUCGAUUACACGGACUUACGAUCUGGACCCUGCGAUUCCUCAAUGAUGAUGGAGGACGUCCCGAGUUACCUCAGUGAUAUCAGUGUACCUGAUCUUUCGGGAGGCCUCGGGGGAAAUCUUCAUCCAGAUGGAGGGGACCUGUCAGCUCCACACUCCAAUGAUGAAAUCCCACUACCCUUAACAAUUGGAGUUCCAGAACCCUCAACAUUUGGAGUGGAAAAUGACGGACGUCUCCCUGCCACUGGGCUGAUUUUACCUGAUUCACUUUUGCCUGAAUUUGGAAGUGAGGAUAUAGCACAACCGCCUUCUCUCCUGACCAAGCCAGUAGUGGAUAACGGUAGCAGAGAUAUCCCUGCAAUUGCAAGUUUGCCUGCGGUCGAAGGCUUCAGGGGAAAUCUGCAACCAGUCGGAGAAAACCUGGCAUUAACUCUUCCUCCACAUUCAGGGCCUACAAGAUUGUAAUAAUAUCUUUGGCAGAAUGGUAAGGAAUUGGUCAGUACUAUUAUCCUUUGAUUUAUCAAUUGAUUGUAUGUUGUUUUACGUCCCAUUCGAAAACUUUUAAGCAUG